AUGAAUAACCCUCAUCGAUUUCCUCGUCCGCCAACUCUACCACAGGCGAAAAUUCAGACCAAACUCCAACGGGAUCCAAAAUCUGUUGAUACUGUUACCCCUCCUACCUUUGCUUCCAUGCUUGGGCGAAAUCUGGGCGGGAGCACGGGGGUAUCCGGCGGGGUGGAAGAUCCUGUUUCCCCUGUAGCUUUUACAACCUCAUUUGAUUUACUUUCAAUUGCAAAAGUGAUACCGGCAAAGCAGAGGCACGUCGGUAACCCUGUCUCUAUUAUCGAGGAUCAAACGUCAGACAGAAACGCUUUUGGCGAACCGUCUGCGGAGAAUCAAAGUGGAGAUUGGCCAAGAUAUAUGCCUUCUGCUGUAGGAUUUGGAACUUCCACACCCUCUCAGAAUCAAGAAGUUCCUAAAAGCAUGAUAUUCCGUCGUCAUGGCACUACUUCUAGCGUUAAACGCUCUAUCUCGCACUAUCCUUCUGAUGCUAUUCCUCAAUUCAACCGAAGCGAAGACAGCGUAAAUGAUGGUCAGUCAAAAUUCGUUGGAAUCCACGCCGAGGAGAAUGUGAAUUCUUAUAACGGAACUAAAGAAAAACCUCUUCCAAACAUUUUUACUGAGAAAGAGACAGACAAAGACUUCGAAGAGUCAGAAGAUUCCUCAAUGAUCGAAUCACCUCCCACCCCAGGCCCGUUCGAUUUUGACCCACAGGGAGGUUCGGACACGGAAAGAGAGGCCGAGCUUCAAGAUAGUCAGAAUCCCAAAGACGAAAUAGCAGGCGUUACUGGAAGUAAAUCAGAAUCAUUGUGGUUUAUUGAGCCUAGAUCUACUGCUGGAGCUCAAGCCCUAGAGCCGUCCAUUUCCGAUUUUUCUCACAUGACUGCCACGAAGAAUAUGAAUGAUGGGGGAGCUAUACUUAGAGCUGCUGCGAGACCAUUUGAACCGAAACAAGUGAAAAAGGAUCACUUGUCAUCACUAUUAUCCAACACGGGUAUCGAUGAAAUGUCUCGCAACAAAUUACAGCCCGAGAAUUUUACGAAUCUUUCAGAUAAAUUUUAUGGGAAGACCUUCAACCCAUCGGGAGAAGCCCCAGACCUACCGUCAAAGGAACAAAGCCAGUGGUUCAUUGAGAACAGUCACCAUAGAUUACAAAUGGCGAUACAGAACUCCGGUAACGGGUCUAUUGAAGGUUCUUCAAGGUUAGGGAAAAAGAGAGCUAGUCUCAGUGAUGCCGCAAUUAGUCAACUUUGGGAUGUCCCCGAGAGUGAGGCGAAUUCUACAGAUUCUUUAAAUAUCAAUCAAUUGGACAAGAAUCCUCUUGGUCAAGUUAUAAAUGAUAAACCAACAGCACCGAUUGCGAGAGGCACCCCCGGCUCGGCGCUUCAAACCACGGAGCGCUUGGAGUUAAGAACACUUAGUAAUACAGAGAGAAAGGGCGAUAUUACCCACAAAUUUCAUGAGACCUUAAUCGAUAGCUUCCUACAAAAGUCAACAACCGAUAUUAAUCCUACUCCAGAGCUCGAAGGAGCAGGGGCUGCUAGUAUGAGAAAGACAACAAUGGAUGGGUUUGUCUUUUGUAAUUCUGAUGACGGAACGUUCAAGAGGCCAACUCUGGAAGCUCAAAGAAAAGAGUUGACAGAGGCAAAAGGUGGAGAAGGGUCGUGGAAGAGUUUCCUGGAACCGACUAGUGAUAUCGAGAUUCGAAUGCGGAUCGAGGGCAAUGGUUGCAAAGAGGCCGAGAGGGGCUGGCUGUAUCCAUACCCGAAGCCAGAAGGCAAGGAAACAGUUGCAACCGAAUUGACUCUGGCACUCUAUCAGCAACUUUUAGGCUACCUUAUUCCAGCAGUAUCAAACGGAAUAGUAUCUGAGAGUAAUUACUGGUCGUUUGGAGCAAGGAAAACUAACUGCCGGUACUUUUCUGGUAGGGAGCCGUGGUAUACCAGAGAUUUUACCAGCUUUUUUGACAUGAGUUUCGGCGUGAACCCCGGCAAUCGUUCUACAAAAGCCACCAUUAAUCCACCACCAGGAUUAUCGUUGGUCCCGGAGGCACAGCAGAAUAAGUUAACGUCGGAGGAGUCUGUCGGUCUUAGAGAUCUCGUGGAAAGCUCAACCCCCGACCUUAAUAACUACAUUCCAGGCAAUUACACAACACGUGACGCAAAGACUCUUCAAGAAUGGAACUCAACACCAAUCAACACCGAUAUAGAUACAUCAGCAAAACCCAAUAAGAGCGUCGAAAUACCAAGAAAGGGCUUAAUAAAUUCACCACCCUGGAACGGGAGUCAUGGGGACGGGAAAGGGGAUAGUGGUAUAAUCAGAGGUCCGAGCAACCCAAUCUUAAACAGGGAGACCCCAAAAUUCAAGACAUUGGUACAAAGCCCUGGGGUCGGUCCAAGGGAUCCUAUUGAGUGUAUGCUCAAUAUGAUGCAUACCGAUGAAGAUUUGAAAGGGCUAACGGUGCAACAAAAAUUGGAUGUGUUUGGUGGGGCGAGAAAGAUGGGGAAAAUAGUGUUUGGUAGUGAUGAUGAAUCUGUUGCGUAA